AAGUUGGUCUCGGGCGCGUGACGCGCGCAAUGACUUGAAACCGGCCACGCCACCUUCAGGCCGGACAAGUCGGCGGUGUCCCCCACCUUUCCUCCGUACUGGUGGAGCAGGCUGGUGUGCUCCCCUCCUUAGCCCAGCGUGACCGCGGGUUGAGGGCCGCGUGAGUCGGCCUCCACGCGACGCCCAGGACAGACGAGCUGGAAGAACUGCCUGAGAGCCUGCGAUCAAACGGACUGCUGCGGACGCAGCGUGCACAUCAUCAGCGAUGAUUGCAAUGCUCCUCGCCGCGGUGGUGGUGUGCACUCUCCCUGUGCCUUCGCUACUUACCCAACCUUUGGGCCAGCCAGCAGUCUCAGCUUCGGCUCAGAUGGCUGAGAUGCCGACGACCUCCGCCCCGCCGGCCGAGACCUCAACGAUGGACCCACCGCGUGAUUGGUGGCAACAACGGGUUGAAUCAUUUGGUAGCGUCGCGGUGCAGUGAUCCGAAAUUCCGGGUUCCAGCUGACCAAGCUCCAACCGCGCUUACAAGCAACUUCAACAGUGAAAUCGACUGGUGUCGCGAUGCUCUCUACCCCGAUGACGUCAACUCCAACGGCCGACACCUCGACGGCGAAUACGCUGACGAGUUCCCCGACGACGUCCAGUCCAACGGCCGGGACCUCGACGUUGAGUCCGAGCCUAGACUGCUCACAAGAGAGCAGUGUUGCGGAUAUGCAAAUGUUCAUCCAGCAGUCCAAGUACGACUUGGGGAAGUUACUCGAAGAGCAUGGAGGCGCCGCGGGCAACCUUAACGUGACGAUGAACUUGAACGUGCCGGAGUACUCGGGUGUGGAUCCAACGCAGCUGCCCCGGGCUCAGCGAAGAUGGUGUCCGGAUGCAGUAAUCGCCGACUACUUCGUGUUCAACUUCAAGCACACAGACUUCAAGACGUUCGGCCGCACGGAGCACGGCGUACUCCGCCACAAGGGCAAGGAGGACGAGUCCGUGGACGUUUACGGUGAACUGUACUGGCAGCCGCCGGACUUCUGCGGGUUGUGGCGUCACGCCACGUACCGCGUCGACCGUGACGGCUUCUCCGCCGACGUGCCCCAAGACUACUGCCGACUGCUGUCGGAUCUCAGGAUCCAUUGCUGGUAUCCAUACGAAUGCCCUCGAGGACGGCGUUGCCAGACAUGGAGCACCCCGAUGCAUGUCCUCGCCACCCUCCCCGCCUCAAGCAGCCCGGCUCCCUCAAGCCUCACUUAAUGUGUCAAGUGCAAUAAAGCUUGAGCUACUUUUCGCAGUUU